UUUAUUUCGUAAACAGAUUUGAAGUUAAAAAAAAACGUAGCAUUUUAAGCCAAGUGCACGUUCCCUCCUUUUCUCAGCGCGGUCCGAAAAAGCACUGAAAGCCGAACUGGGAGACGGACCGCGCGUGAUGUUGGGCUACUGUGUGGGGCGGGUGUUGGGCGGACUUUGGGCUACAAAGCGGAGUGAGUGCAAGUCUGUGGGCAAAACCGCUGCAGCCGCCGCUGCUGUGUGUGUGGGUGAGGCCCGGGGGUCACUGUGGCCCACGUGACCCGCCCGUCACACGAGAGGGACGGCGAGCAGUGGAACGUGUUUUUUUUGAAACGCAACGGACCCAACCGUCAACCGCCGCCGCCGCCAUCAUGCAGUCACGGUCGCUCUCCGCCCCCCGCCUCCUGCUGCUCCUCUGCCUGGCCACCCCCGGCGGCGCGUCCCCGCCGCAGCCGGUCCUGGGCCCCAGCCCGGGCCUCGCCUCGCAGCCCGUGCCGUGCCUGGCCCCCGAGCAGUGGGAAGGCAGGGCCGUGGUGUACGACCACAACACGGGCAGGAACAGCCGCCUCCUGCUCUCGUACGAUGCCAAGAGCCGGCGAGUGCGGGCGCUGGAGGAGCAGAAGGGGCACUUCCCCUGCAAGAGAUUUUUUGAGUAUAUCUACCUGUACAAGGAGUCAGUACUCUUUAAAAUUGAGCAGAAGACUAAGCAGUGUUCAAAACUGCAUCUCACCGAUGUAUGGGAUCCAUACGAUAUUCCUAAUAACUCUACCUAUGAAGAUCAAUACUAUAUUGGUGGACCAGGAGACCAGAUUGAGGUUCAAGAGUGGUCAGACAGAAAACCUGCUCGGAAAUUUGAAACCUGGGUUGGAAUAUACACAGUUAAGGACUGCUAUCCAGUGCAAGAAACCUAUACCAAGAGCUACAGUGUAACAACCUCAACCCGCUUUUUUGAUCUGCAACUAGGAAUUAGUGACCCAUCUGUGUUCACCCCACCCAACACCUGCCAGGCAGGCAAUCUAGAGGAGAUGAGCGAUGGUUGCUGACCGUAAAGCGCUGGCUGCAGUACAACCACCAUUUAUCAAUUGUUUCUGUUGCGAUGGACCCGUUGCUUAAAAACCAUCAGUUGUGCCACCUUCUCUUGAAUGCUGACGUGCCCGGGAACUGUCAGGACACCUCUCUGCGGGGGUUGGAGUUCCCUUAUAUACAAAUAGCCUGUUGAUUGAUGUGUUGUUUCCAAGAAAAAAAGGAAAGGUUGUGCUUGCAGCUGCUGCAGUCCAUGUAUAACCCUGCCCAAGAAGAGGUCUUCAGUAUGUGUGUAUACACACUGCAAAGUCCAUCUGUUAAUUAUCUGCCAUGCCGUUAAUAUAAGUUUAACAAAUACUAGAAUUCAAUUGUGAUUGUGAUCGCUCAUCUUUGUGUUUGGCAACAUAAAAUAUUUAGUUCCACCUAAAGAAUGAGGAUUAGAAUACUGUAAUUCCUUUACAAUUAAGCUUAGAGUAAAUACAAAUAUGUAAUCCUUUAAUGAUGAUAUUUUGAUUUUCAUAGCAGACUUUUAAAAAAAUGUUAUGAAAAUCAAAGUGGAAACUUGUGUUGCUAUUAAUGAGUUAACCCUUCAAGUGUUAACAGGGACAGGAAGCUUCAGCUCACCCUGUGAUGCUGAAAUACUUUAAAAUAUUGUAAAAAAAAGACUUCUACCUGUCAUAACUUUUCUUUUCCUUGUACACUCUUAUUUCUAAAUCUACCUUUAUUAUAAACUUUUAACACUAACAUGUUUUCCCAGUAUAUUUUGUCACUAUUUUACCAAGGAGCCCCACAUAGAAAAAUCUGUCUACUGGUUGAAUUCAAAGAUGAUAUAAUCUGGCAAUUAAUACUCAGAACUGUAAAGAUUUGUAUUGCUAUGCUUGACCAGGACAAGUUUUGACAUGUUUUAAAGCUUUAACACAAGAAGUAUGAUCUAAUUUGUGGAGCAAGCACCACAUUGUCUCCUGAUGCAAACAUGUCUGUGACACUUGAGGGUUAAUGAGUAAUGCAUUUGAAAGCUUCACCUCAAAACCAGAGUGAUAAAGAGUCACAUUGAAACUUGAAUAUCCUGAGAGGAAAUGUUAUAUCACUGUAGGCAUUGAGGUACCCAUCUUUCUAGCUCAUUGAUCUGCUUUAUUCUAAAUACUGUCCUGUAUCUCUAAAAUUCUAAAGUAGUGAGAUUUACUGUUUUUCAAAUAAAGUGCAGGGUUGAUGAAAUGUUUAGAAAUGCUGUUGGUUUCAACUGGGAGGAUUGUGUUUUAAAAUAAUAACUCUGAUGGAGAUGGAUUUCUUUGUGAGUUAAUCUGUCAGAGAAGUUUGCUGAGUAUUUAAUUCUGUCAUGCAAUAGCCUGAAUCUAUGAAAUAAACCUUCUCCUAGACUAAA